GCCAGAUUCGUGUAUUACGGGCGGCAAUUGUGUUAGGUUAGGGUUGCACCCGUUUAUGCACCCGCGAAGUACUCUAGCCUAACUUAACCAGAACCAACUCCAACUCGGGAAUUGCACGUAUCGGGGUCGUUAGUGAUUUCGCAUCGCGCUUGCACCGGCGUUUCGCGCUUCUCUUCCAUUUAUAAGACUCAAUUCGACAUUCCUAAACUUUUUGCGACUCGAUUCCUUUGAAACUACGCUUCUACGCGUAAUUCGUGUCGAACGGUUUAUUUGUUGCUAAAUCUCGGCUGUUGAGUUUUCGAUACCCUCGUGGUAAUUGUUUAAAGCAAUUACAUUCUCGUUUUUAUACACGAAAGACUUAAAAAGCUGCGUCUUCUGUGUAAAUAUACCCGGUUCUUUUUUCCCAUUCGCCUAUAAGUCUAUAUCUGUUUUCAACGCUCGAAGAUGUUGGUACAAGUUACCUUCAUCCUUUCUCUUUAACCGAACCCACGAUCUUGUGUUUGGCGAAAGUUUGCACCCAGCAGUAUCACUACUCAGUUUGUGCCCUUAAACUUUCUGGUUUACAUCAAUUCUAUAUAAUCUGUCUCUGAAAAUCCAGGAGUUCGCAGCUUCCUUUCGUCGGAUAUUCUUUCAGGUGUUAUAGAAUUACACUCUUCAAUCAAACUCUUCAAUCGGAUUCUUUAUUUCACUGACGUUUUUGUCUAUUCUUACAAGUUUGCUGCUAUCUAUUAUAGACGGAAACAUUAUCUCUAGCCUUGUGUCACAGUAGUUGCUCACUUAUUUACGAAAUCUCACUUUCAACGCAUCGUGACUGCCGUGCCUUUGCUUAUUUCUGCUACAAUGACUACAGCUUUCCUAGACAAGAGCUCUUUUUCGACUGCUUUGAGUUCUGGGUGCCGUGGCACUCCAUUAUCUCUUUCUCAAUUGAACGGUGCCAAGCUGGCUACGGAAUGCCAAUCGGGUGAAUCGACAACUCAUGACCCUGCCGCUUUUAAGAAGUGUCCUUUGCGGCCUGUCCAAGUCGGGGGCUUGCUGGGAGCUUUGCUUGUCCAGCCUUCGCGGAAUGAGGUAAAUCCAGUCAAGAAGGUCGGAUUUGUGUCUACACAAAAGCCGGACUCAUCCCGAUCCUCUACUUCUACCUUUUCUGUACAUUUUGCGGAAGUAACGAAGAAGGCUGGAGCGCCCAUGGUUACAUUCGCUGGGUUUACGAAGCAUCAAGCCCCAGAGGCCCCUCGUUCGAAGACCGUGAUGUUUGCGGACAGAAUACCUCCUUCGAAGACUACUUCGUCAAGCGAUAUGUCACACAUUUUGUCACCAACUUCUAUUUACACUGCCGCAAGAAAACGUCAAAUGGUUCAUUUGCCGUCGGCCGGCAUCGUAAACGCUUCGCCUGAAUUCGCAUUCACACAUGUUCGUGCGGCCAAACCUACUGUCGACGUAGAUGUUCCUGGCCCUCAACGUGUCACCAAAGCACCCGAGCGUUCUGUAAGUUUCGCUACCACCUCUGCCAAGGAGAAAGCUCCAGAAGAUCAAGAUACCAAAGACACGCCUAGAUUGCACACUACAUGCCGCGAUGUUUUGGCUGAUGUUCUUGGCAAAGAUGAUGCUUUUCGCAUGGAUGAUUCUUGCGACGAGGAUGAGGAAGAGGAUAACAUGCGUUCUGAGGAAGAAGAGGACGAGGAUGAAGAAGACGAUGGCGACGAGGAAAAUAACGACGACGAAGAUGAUGAGGAUGACAAGAUGUUUGAGGAUCGUUUCUCAUCUUCCUACGGUCAUUCGUUCGGCAAGAACGUUGCGGAGCCCUCGUCCGUUAGUAUCCCAAAGCCCUCUUUCCACGUAAGAAGACGUCGUUCUCCGCUACCUUCCUUUUCCGAUGAUGAGAGCGUUCAUUCAAAUUCUGCAAGCGAAACAAAUGUCAAGUCUGAAGAGAAGGAACACGUGCCUGUUCAAACCGUGGCUCCACCUUCGGAGAACGAUGUUCCCGAUGAGACCGACAUUGUUCUCGGUACUCUAGACGAGGACCAGCCGGCCUGUUUGGCGUAUGCUUACGCUGUUGAUGAACGCACUUCUAAACGUUGUCAAAUGCAUCCACAGGAUAUUGACCCAACAUUUCCCGACUCAUUCUCUGACGAUGAACGGUAUAAUGAGGAGAAGAAAGCUAUUUCGUCUACUCAUGGUAAGGCAGUCUGGAACUCACGUUGUAAGAAGCACGAGCAUUCGGCAAGCAAACGUUUGAUUCGUUCACCUCCCGUGAACAUUCGACGUAAGCCACGCAACCCCAACUUGUAGUGGCAUUUGCUGUUUGUGAUUCUUACUUUUCUUUCAACGAUUCAACGACUCCUUCCGAAUUCCUUCCGUUUGCCGUUUUCUCUAUCCUUUGCUAUUUUACAUUUCAUAGACCAGCUGUGCGACGGGUCGCCAGGAGGCGACCUCGGCGGCAGCGUCUUACGCUCUUUUUUUUACAUUGCAUUCCUUCAGCAGGCUUCCACUGACUCAUUCUACAUUGCAUUUGUAGGCGUCUACUUUUUGGUUUGUUGUUUCCCAUACCUAUAAACAAGUUCUUUAAAUAUCUGU